UAAAACUUUGAGAAAAGUUAUUUAAAACAUUUUUUUGACUAAUUCAUAUCAAAAAUUACAAUUAGUGUGGAUUCUACUUCAUAAAGUUUCUAGCUUACUACAAAAAUGAGUAAACGAAAACGAACUAACUCAUCACAAAGUAACAAUGAAGACGACGACAGUGACGAGGAUAUGCCGCUAGAGCAAUCACCUGCUCCGCUAGUAUCCCGAAAGAAGAAAAAACUAGAUCCGACCGAACUUUGUCAACAUCUUUAUGAGUCGAUCCGUGCAUUCAAAAAAGAGGACGGUAGCACACUUUGCGACACCUUUAUACGAGCACCAAAGCGUAGACAGGAACCUUCUUACUAUGAAGUGGUGGCCAAUCCGAUCGACCUCCUGAAGGUACAGCAGAAGUUGAAAACGGAAGCAUAUGAAGAUGUAGAAGAUCUGAAAACCGACAUUGAAUUGAUUGUGAACAAUGCUAAGGCUUUCUAUAAACCGGAAUCUCCAGAGUAUCAGGAUGCUUGCCAGCUAUUGGACGUUUUUAAUACCAACAAGGCAAGGCUGCUGGAAACCCAGCAGGAGCAUGAAGCGGUUGAAGUGGUAAAACCUAGAAAAAUUAGUCGUCCUCGAAAGUCUACCCACGAGCCCGAAGACACCGAUGUGGACGAUUUUGACCCAUACGAAGAAAUGUUCAAUUCGGUGAUGACUGCAACCGACGAAAACCGGGAAUUACAUCGCAUGUUUCAAUUACUGCCUUCGAAGAAAUCCUAUCCUGAAUACUAUGACGUUAUCGACCACCCAAUCGAUCUGAAGUGCAUCGCUGUUAAGAUCCAGACUAAUGCGUAUUCACAUUUGAAUGAAAUGGAAAAGGAUUUGCUCCAAAUGAUCAAAAAUGCUUGUACUUUUAAUGAACCUGGGUCACAAAUUUAUAAAGAUGCUAAAACAUUGAAAAGAAUAUUCACCAGUCGAAAGGCUGAUAUCGAAGCUGGACGGUAUCGUAAAAGCGCCAAUCGGAAGGCACGAACUGGAACCAGCCUCAGUUCAAUGGUUGCUGCUCUCAAAGAAGAACCGGAAAGUUCGGAUGAAGAACUGGAUGAUUCGAUGGAAACCGAAGGAGAUGGUCCGUUGUGGCAAUUAUUUGAUCAACUGUACAAUACUGCGAACACUAACGAUCCCAAUGCUGUAGGCGCUCCGCUGGGCGAAUCUCUCUGGAAGUUGCCAACCCGUCGCUUUCAUCCGGAAUAUUACUCACAGAUUAAGAAGCCAAUCUCGAUGGGUCAGGUGCGCAACAAACUGAAGAAGGGUCUUUAUUCAAACGUAACCGACAUGAGUGCCGAUUUGUACGUGAUGUUGGACAAUGCUAAGAAAGCUAAUCCGCAGAAUAGUAAAAUCUAUAAGGAUGCCGUUAAAAUGCAAAAAUUAUUGAAUCAAAAGCUGAUCGAUUCAGGCGAUUUGGAUGACAGCGACGAAGAAGACGAUACGGAUUCGUCUAUAGUGACCGUUACCCCUGCCAAAAGCGCUGUGAAGCGAAGCCGACCUCGUAGCUCUGCGGCGAUAAUUCAGUCGCCACCACAUCCGCAAGCCAACAGCUCAGCGGUAGGAGCUACAAGUACGCCGUUCCAAAAGGGUUCGGGUAACCGACAGUCACUGGUGGCUACUCUUAAGAAGAAACUAAUUUCAUUGCACGAAUAUAUGGUCGAGUUCUCCCAUGCCGGACGACAACCUAUGGUUCCGUUCAUGGAGAAACCGUCGAAAAAGCUAUAUCCUGACUAUUAUCAAGUGAUUCAGCACCCGAUCGAUAUGACCACAAUUGAGAAUAACAUCAAAACCGACCGAUAUGGCACGCUAGAUGAUGUGGUCGGGGACUAUCGUCUCAUGUUCUCCAACUGCCGCAAAUACAACGAAGAAGGUUCUAUGAUCUAUGAGGAUGCUAAUAUUCUCGAAAAAGCUCUCAACGAAAAGUUAAAAGAAUUUUCUUCUAUCAGUAAACGCCUGAGUACACCGAAAACAGCAUCCAGAGCGAAAAACAAACUGAACACUUUGGAAUCGAAGCUGAAACAUUUGUACGACACCGUUCGGGAGUACCGGGAACCGAAAGCUAACCGCCAGUUAUCUUAUAUCUUUGUAAAAUUGCCUUCGAAAAAUGAUUACCCGGACUAUUAUGAUAUCAUAAAGAACCCGAUAGACAUUGAUAAGAUCGAACAGAAACUGCGCAAGCAGAGCUACGAAAGCGUUGACGAGAUGGCAGCCGACUUUAUGCUAAUGUUCGAGAACGCCUGCAAGUACAACGAACCGGACUCGCAAAUCUACAAGGAUGCCCUCUGCCUGCAGCAGCUCGUCAUUCAAACCAAACAGGCCCUGCGAAGCGAUGAGACCGUUCCGGACGUACCGCAAGCCGUUCAGGAACUGCUGCUGUCGUUGUUUACCAGUCUGUACAACUAUCAGGACGAGGAAGGCCGAUGCUAUUCGGAUUCACUUGCCGAACUGCCGGAGCAUGAUGAGUCCGAUGGGACUAAGGUCCGUGCCAUUUCACUCGAUUUAAUCAAGCGUCGGUUGGAUAAAGGUCUGUACAAACGACUGGACAUGUUUCAGGAAGAUAUAUUUACCUGCCUAGAGCGGGCCCGUAAGCUGAGCCGUACGGAUUCACAGGUCUUUGAAGAUUCCAUUGAGAUGCAAUCGUAUUUCAUCAAAAAGCGGGACGAACUCUGCCGGCAUGGUAAUGUGCUUGAAUCUCCCGCACUAAGCUAUAGUGUGAUGCAUCUGAGUGCAGCGGUGGAAGCACUGCGACAAACGAAACUAUUGGAAGAGGAAGCCGAUACGGAAUCGGAUGCGAUGCAACCCUCACAAGGAGAAAGUAUGACAAUUGACCAAAGAGUGUUUUCUCCUGGUGAUUUCGUUUACGUAGAUCUUCCGGAUAGCAAGAUUCCCGGAGUUAUGUACAUCGAGCGGCUGUGGACAAACAGUGACAAUAUAAAAAUGAUGUACGGCAACAUGAUGCUCAGGCCGUACGAAACAUAUCAUUUAACAACGCGCAAGUUCAUGGAGAAGGAAUUGUUCAAAAGUGAUCAGCACCAGGCCAUUCCGUUGUCGCAAGCACAGAAUAAGUGCUUUGUCAUGUAUGUCAAAGAUUACUUCAAGAUGCGACCGGAAGGGUUCCAGGAUAAGGACAUAUAUGUUUGUGAGUCUCGAUACAGUUCUCGAGGACGUUGUUUCAAGAAAAUUAAAACGUGGACCUUGGUCCGUGCCAACGAUCCGGUCAAUUUGGUACCGCGUGAAACUCCGCUGGACGUCAAGCGUGUCAUGUCCGUUUUCAAAGAACGUGUUGAAAAGCACAAGGAAGAACUAUCGGAGCUGCAAAUGCAGGAAGCGCUUACUGAGAAAGAGAAACCCAAUGUGAUUGUUUACGUGAAUGGCGGAGAAGAAGGCAGCGUAUUCUUCGAACAGUACAACACUGUCUGCGGGGGUGUCGUUAAGACUGGCGACUUUGUUUACGUGGCCACUGAAACCGGAAAGCAAUCGGUUGCACAGAUUCAAUCGCUUUGGGAAACGAAAGACGGAAAAGCAUUCUUUCGUGGACCUUGGUUGCUUACUCCACCGGAAGUUCCGGGAACGAUCAGCCGUUUAUUUUACCGCCAAGAGCUUCUGCUUUCAACGGUACAAGAAACUACUCCUACGGUGGCAAUCGUAGGCCGAUGCGCGGUUCUGGAACAACCCGAAUACAUUACACGACGCCCAACCGAAGUACCGGAAGUGGACGUAUUCCUCUGCGAAUCCGUUUACGACGAGCUGAAGAAGCAAAUCCGCAAGCUGGGCACGGGUGGGCUCAAAAAAUUCAACCACUCGCAGAUGGUGACGACGGACGAAGUUUUCCACUUCCGGCGUCCGAUCAAUCCCCCCAAGGUCACCUGCGGCGAAAUCGCAGCCUUGCAGGAGAAUCGACCGAUUCCGUCGGGCGAUCUGGAGUGCAAAGAUGAGUUCAGCAUCAUCGACGACUCGAUUGACGGUCCGCCGUCGAUCGGGUCGGACGUGGUUGCCACCGCGUCACCCGUUCCACCCACCGUAACCGGUACUCCGCAGCCUUCGGGAAAGAAACAAAAACCAGCCGGGCGCAAGCUGGUCACCGGUUACAUUCUGUACUCGAGCGAACACCGGAAAACUAUUUGCGCCAGCAAUCCGGACGCAACCUUUGGCGAGGUUUCCCGUAUAGUGGGCAAUGAGUGGCGCUCGCUGCCGGACUACGAGAAGAGCACCUGGGAACAGCGGGCCUCUAAGAUGAACGAGGAAAAUGCGGCCAAAUUUGCGGCUGAAUCUGGGGAAGGCCACUGCCCUAGUCCUGCACCGACCAAGUCGGAAGGGCCCAUUGUGCAGGAAAUUGUACCUAAUCAUGUUUACGAAUGCUGCUGGGAAAAGUGUGACUACCAAUUCGAGGAUCCAUUCGAUUGCAUGGAGCACUGCAUCACCGAUGUAACAGGCUGUGUGUACAAAACCUUCAUGAAAGCUAGCGAGCCAGAGUUCCUGUGCAUCUGGCGCAACUGCGUUCGUCUGCGGCGCAACAUGCCCCCGUUUCCGCAUAUGCAACGGCUGGUGAAACACGUCCGCGAGGUUCACCUGACAAAAACCGUCGGCAAGGUCGUGAUGCCGCAGGAUCGUGGCAAAAAUUUCGUUCCAGCCAAGCGACAAUCGAUAUCGCAACCACAUCCAUCGACAAUCAAACAGCAACCCGUGCCGGUCGCUAGUGGAAGCCCAGCGUUGCCGCAGGAGGCAACGGCGGCAGCGUCGAGCCCAGCAGCAGCGGCCGGAGCAGCGGGCGCUGCAUCCGGAGCCGCCGGAGCUGCUGCACCAUCCGCGAGCACUUCGCAGCAAAACGGAACCGCCCCGGCCGGUGCAAACAAUCAGUCAAGUAAUUACAUUCCUGCGUCGUACUAUAAUUUCGUUCCAGCUCCGCCAGCAGAACCACUGUUCGUCACAGUCCCGCCACGACCGCAACGUGUUCUUCACUCGGAGGCGUACAUUCGCUACAUCGAAGGACUGCAGAGUGGUUCCCAGUAUAUUACACCCUGGCAGAAAACACUAACCGCUACGAGGGAAAACAUUCCUAACCAGGACGCCAGUCGCCUGCCCACGCAUUGGCUUGGCAAGAAAGGACGCGAGAAACCGGAAGCAGUGGUCGACGCCCUCUGGCAGCUGCGAGGUUUUCUAAUGAAGGAUGUAAUUCAGUUCGAUCGCUUCUGAAUCUCACUCUACUGUGAAUGCGUUGAACUGAGCCACGUAAAAGGUAAUAUUUCUUUUUGGAAAAGAUUUUAACGAUAUAACGAACGUUGAGCAAGGUACAUAUAUUCAGUUUUCCUUCUUAUUUUACAAAAUAUGUCUGCUAUGGAAUAUAUGUAUAAGUGAUGUAU